GUCCCCAAGUGCAAAGAAAUCACGUUAUUUAACAACGCCGCUUGUGGAGGAAGAUAGCACUAUCAUCUUUAUUAUGGAGAAUAUUUUUUAGCAUAUGCUUGCUUUCAUUGUGGCUGUUGAGUCAUUUAUGUCACGGUUUUUGAGCGAAAGCCAUUUAUCAACAACAUCCAGAAACGCAGAGCUGUAAUUUGACCCCCUUAACAUGCUUCAAAACUCACCAAAUUUUACACAUACAUCAGGACUGGCGAAAAUUGCCAUUUCAUAAAAAAAAACAACCCAAAAGUCAAAAUUGCGCUCUAGCGCACCCUAGGAAAAAACCCAGACAAAACUGCUUGUAACUUCUGUUAGGAAUGUCGUAGAUUAAACUGUAUUGUACUGUUCAGGAGAACAUUACCUCUGUGGGCUCGAUGGCCGUCCCCGUCUGGAAGCGGUCUUUUUGGAUGUCGGUGACGUGGUAUGUCCACAACCUGCCCUCGUUGUCUCCACAUACCACGUACGCUCGGCCUAAAGACAGGAUGGCCAAGUUACACAGAAUGUAAUACGAUACUGACCCCAAUUUAAGACUACAUCCCAUUUUUGAAGGGAAAAUUCAAAAAUAUUUGGGGGUUAGAAAAGUCAGUGAACACCAGCCAUCUGACUCACCGUGGGCAUACAGGACAAGUUGAGAGAGAGCAAAAGUUGAGAGAGAAACAAACAGAACAAAGGUUUCAAGAGAAAGAGUCCAAGAGAGAUUGAGUACGAGAGCGAGAGUCAGAGAGCAAGUGAGCCAGAAAGGGAGUGAGAUGCAAGAGAGAGAGAGAGAGAGCGAGAUGCAAGAGAGUCAGAGAGAGAGAGAGAGAGAGAGAGAUACAGGAGAGUCAGAUAGAGAGUCAGAUGCAAGAGAGUCAGAGAGAGAGAGAGAGCGAGAUACAGGAGAGUCAGAUAGAGAGUCAGAUGCAAGAGAGUCAGAGAGAGAGCAAAAUGGAAGAGAGAGAGAGAGAGUCAAAGAAAGUCAGAGAGAGAGAGAGUCAAAGGGAAAGAGUCAGAGAGAGCGAGAUGCAAGAGUCAGAGCGAGAGAGAGUCAGAGAAAGAGCAAGAUGCAAGAGUCAGAGAGAGAGAGUCAGAGAUAGAGCAAGAUGCAAGAGACAGAGAGAGAGAGAGUCAGAGAGAGAGCAAGAUGCAAGAGUCAGAGAGAGAGCGAGAUGCAAGAGUCAGAGAGAGAGCGAGUCAGAGAUAGAGCAAGAUGCAAGAGUCAGAGAGAGAGCAAGAUGCAAGAGUCCGAGAGAGAGUAAGAGAGAGAGCGAGAUGCAAGAGUCAGAGAGAGAGCGAGAUGCAAGAGUAAGAGAGAGAGCGAGAUGCAAGAGUCAGAGAGAGAGCAAGAUGCAAGAGUCAGAGAGAGAGCAAGAUGCAAGAGUCAGAGAGAGAGAGAGAGAGUCAGAGAGAGAGCAAGAUGCAAGACUCAGAGGGAGAGAGCGAGAUGCUAGUCAGAGAGAGAGAGAGAGAGACAGAGUCAGAGAGAAAGAGUCAGAGAGAGAGCGAGAUGCAAGAGUCAGAGAGAGAGCGAGAUGCCAGGGUCAGAGAGGCAGAGAGAGAGAGUGAGAUGAAAAAGAGUCAGAUAGAGUCAGAGAGAGAGCGAGUCAGAGAUAGAGCAAGAUGCAAGAGUCAAAGAGAGAGAGAGCAAGAUGCAAGAGUCAGAGAGAGAGAGAGAGUCAGAGAGAGCGAGA